CUAAUUCGCAAUGAAACUCCACGUUAGUGCGGCUCUUUCUCCCCUACAUUCCUGUUUACUGGGUCUUAUGCUCCUGACCAGUAGUUCGGUGCACUUUGGCUCUGCUAUGGAAGUUACAGUGUCACCUGAUGUCAUUGGGCUAAAUGGCACAUCGGCCAAACUGAGCUGCACCUUUAACUCCUGCUAUGACGUGAAUGAAAAGCGUUUCUCUUUAAAUUGGACCUAUGCUGAAUGUAGCAACUGCACUCAAGAUGUGCUUGUUCAAUUCUGGCAAAAAGUCAUUAUCCCCAGAGAUGACCGCUUUGCAGGCAGGGUGGAGUGGUCAGGGAACCUCAAAAGAAAUGAUGUCUCUAUCACAAUUCACGACAUCCAGCUCAGCGAUGAAGGCUUUUACAACUGUUCUGUGUUAAACCCACCUGACAGACACAACGGGUGGGGAAUAAUCCACCUGCAAGUUGUCACAGAAGUUCCCCCUGAGCGUGACUCCACCGUGGCUGUGAUUAUAGGGGCAUCAGUCGGGGGCUUUCUGGCUGUCAUCAUUCUGGUCUUAGUCAUCGUGAAGUGUGUGAGGAGGAAAAAGAAACAAGAUCAUCACUCUGAAGAUCAGAAAACCGAAGAGGAAGGAAAAACAGAUGGCGAAGGCAAUCAGGAAGAAGAUGAAAAGCAACACUAAGACAACACAGGAACUAUGAGCAAAGAUGGAGGCUGACAGUGACCUGCCUCUGGUGAGAACUGUUGGUCUUCGUGCUUCGUGGGAUAUUUCCAAUACGUCUCUGUGUUCAAUCCAUUGCCUCGUCACAUGAAACAUGAAUGCUGAUAUGAUACUGCUGUGCUGUGAAACUGUGCUUGCUUCGCCAUGCAUGUCAUCAACCUCCAAACCACACAUAGGUGUAACUGGAAAACAUGGAAGUACCCAAUGAGACCAUAGGCUUCACACCAUCGCUGUGUAUAUUGCACUACAAGUCAUGCCAAAUGUCCUAUCAGUGUGGUGACUUCUAACUGGAGAAAUCAAUUAUGCAUGUUUCAACAGAGCAGCAACACUGUACCUUGCAGUAUAAAUAGUGCACACUCAGGCUGAUGCUGCAUGGCUUCCUUACACACUGGUGAGGGUAAUUUUAACCUAACCCACUAAGCAGGAUUCCCAGGGAUUGGGUGCGGUAUUGAUUUUACAUCUCUCUCGAAAUCAGCCUUCAAAUGGAAGUAAAAUCAAGUGAGCCGCGAAGCCAGGAAUACUUUAGAAACAGUCAGGGGUCUUGGGGGAAUCCGAGUGUAAAGAUUAUUAAAAUGUCAUGAAUAAGGAGAGAAAAUGAUGGGAAAGGCUUUUACAAUGUUGGCCUAUGGAUUCUAAGGAGUUUAAUGCAAGGGACUAGAUGUCAUGCAACAUUAAACCACAUCGGAGCAUUUUUGGACAUGGUGCUCUCAGUUGUGAAUUUUGACCUCCAGCAGAAUGUAGUGUAGAUUUCCCAGAACACUGCCUGGAUUCGAAGGGCUAAAUCACAGAGAGAACCUGCACGAAAAUGGCUAGGAAUUUGGACAGUCAGCAACUGACAAUCAAAAUUCUCAAGAUAUUAAAGGGAGCAGAUAGAUUCGAUAGAGAGAAGCUGGUUGUGAGUCUGGGAUGUAAUAUAAAAAUAAAAGCCUGAUCUUUUAGGAGUGAAAUUAGGAAACAUUUUGACAC